AUGAAGAGGAGACAAAGAUUCUGGUUCCUUCUCUGGGUGUGUGUGUGUCCGGCGUGCUGCUGGCACGACCUGGACAACAGCGAGUACGACUGCUGGCCACUGGAGAAACCCAACGAGUACAACAUGGUGGAGUGUGGAGGUCUGGAGAUGGCAUGGGUGGUGCGUCCUCCGGAGACGGUGAAGAGCGGCGAGGUGUUUAGCGUUACAUACUCGGUAACGGCCAGAGACUCCUUCUACGACUGGGCCAUCCAGAACCACAUCUUCACACACAGUUCUAUAGUAAACGCUGAAGCAGCUCGGAGGUUUUGUGAACAUCUGGACUGUCCGACUAACUGGAAUGAUGCCAACGGAGAAAACUGCUGCAUCCAUCACGCUAACAUCCACUCCUGUCCGAUGGGACACCUGACGGAAAGCAUCUGUGGUCCCUGGAUACCGGACGACGGGAAAAUAUUCACACACACCAUCUCUACCUCCGGCAAGAUGACCCAGACCAACUGGACUGCCAAGGUGGUUUUGGUCCACGCCGGCUUAACCUCGCUCAUCGCUCACAUACGAGUCGGCCGCAUGCAGGUUGCUCUGGAGGCCAAGAGCACGGUGCAGCCUGCUGUAGUGUGUGGCGAUGGCGUCUGUGAGGAGGCGGAGCUUUGCUCUACCUGUCCAGCUGACUGCGGUGAAUGCCCCAUGACGCCCACCACCAAGCUGGCCAUCGGCCUGCCGCUCAGCCUGCUAUGCCUCUGUGUCACACUGACGGCUGUGUGGCUGAGGUACCAGAAACAGAAGCUGUUUUGGGACGAGAGCUGGAUCAUCGACUUCGAUAAGAUAAAACAAGAUCAUGAGGCUCGUAUGACCAUGGGCAGUAUAAUCAGCGCCCAGGUGGGGAACAGCGACAGUAACACCAGCUGUGUGACGGCUCUCAGCUGCUAUAUGGCUCAACCGGGGAGCCGGAAAACACCGUUCACCUUCACCGGGUUAUAUGAUGGAAGAACUGUGGCCAUCAAGAGGAUUCAAAGCAAGACUUUCUCUCUUUCCAAAACCAUCAGACAGGAAGUCAAACAAGUCAGGGAGCUCGAUCACCCCAACCUGUGUAAGUUUAUCGGCGGGUGUGUGGAGGUGCCUAACGUUGCCAUAGUGACAGAGUACUGCCCGAAAGGAAGCCUCAACGAUGUUCUUCUUAACGAAGAGAUCCCGCUGAACUGGGGCUUCAGGUUUUCCUUCGCCACGGACAUCGCCAGAGGCAUUUCGUACCUCCACCAACACAAGAUCUGUCACGGCCGACUCAAGUCUCUGAACUGUGUGUUAGACGACCGCUGGGUCUGCAAAAUAACAGAUUACGGGCUGAGGACGUACCGCCGGGACGAGGGGGCGGAGCCUCUGUCCAACUAUCAGCAGAGACUGCUGGAGGUCUACAUGCCGCCCGAGUUUCAGAACUCCAACAUGGAGCCGACGCUGGCUGGAGACGUGUUCAGUUACUCCAUCAUUCUGCUGGAGAUCGCCACUCGCAGCGACCCCGUCCCGGCGGAGGAGAGUAACGUGGACAGCGCCUGGUGUCGUCCCCUCCCCGAGCUGAUCUCCAGUAAAGCCGACAACACCUGUCCCUGUCCCGCCGAAUACGUAGAGCUGAUCCGGCGAUGUCGCUCCCAUAACCCCGCCCACAGACCCACGUUUGAACAAAUCAGGAAGUUUGUUCACCGGAUCAACCCGAUCAAAGUCAGCCCAGUGGACAUGAUGAUGAACCUGAUGGAGAAGUACAGUAAACAUCUGGAGGUGUUGGUGGCUGAACGCACUCAGGAUCUGAUGCACGAGAAACAGAAAACAGACCGACUGCUUUACAGUAUGCUUCCCAGACAGGUGGCUGACGACCUGCGGCAGGGCAAACCCAUGCAGGCUCAGAGCUACGUCAGCGCCACCGUCUUCUUCAGUGACAUCGUGGGUUUCACCCAGCUGUCCAGCAGCAGCACUCCGUACCAGGUGGUCGACUUCCUGAACAAACUCUACACCACCUUCGACGACAUCAUCGACAACUACGACGUCUACAAGGUGGAGACCAUCGGAGACGCAUACAUGGUGGUGUCCGGCGUUCCUCUGGAGAACGGGAUCCUUCACGCUGCCGAGAUCGCCAGCAUGGCUCUGGACCUGGUGGGCGUCUGUCGCACCUUCAGGAUCCCCCACAAACCCAACACACAGCUGCAGAUACGGGCCGGGAUACACUCAGGUCCGGUGGUAGCGGGGGUUGUGGGGACCAAGAUGCCUCGUUACUGUCUGUUUGGAGAUACAGUCAACACAGCAUCAAGGAUGGAGUCCACCAGCCUGGCCCUGAAGAUCCAGAGCAGCUGCAGUACGUUCUACCUGCUCGAGGAGAUCGGAGGCUAUGAGCUGCAGUGCAGAGGGACGAUGCAAGUCAAGGGGAAAGGGGACAUGGUGACCUACUGGCUGGAGGGGAAGAAAACCUCUCUGGUCUCCAAGGAUACCGACGCCACGGCAACCAAACACAUCCCCACGGAGACGGAGACGGAGACGGAGACGGAGACGGAGACGGAGCUGUACUCGUCCGUGCCGGGGUUUCUGAGCGGAGGUCCGGACUGAUCCCCCAAAUUGCCUCCUGUUAGCAGUGCUGCUUCUGGACUCGUUUCUGGCGUCUUUUGGGGCGUUAUUUGCUCGACAUCUCUGUCGCUGUUCUCAUGUUUUUGGCACUUUCUCUUCCUGAAAGGUUUUAACCUGUUUAACCAGGUU